GAGAUUUUAAUAUAGCUUUUCUAUGGCAUUUUAUCAUAUUUGACACAAAUGUCCGCGCUGUCAUCACGAUGGCUUAUCUCAUUCAUUUAACCCAGUGGGUACCCGAUUUGAUUGAUAGCUGGAUGAGAUAGCCCUGAUAGCUGUCAAGUGAUCAAAGAGACCGCGCGUUCACCAGCGCAAUAAGCUGAGUGUAUACUCGAGACGGUAUGCGUGGGGCCUGAAGUCUGAUCAACGCUCGUGAGUUCUCAGGAUCGCUUUGACGCGAAGGAGUUUUUGACGUUCUCCGGCCGAGGCGGCCAUUUUCCAGCAAUAAACUCUUUGUAAAAGCGAGUUGUUUCCUGCCUCUUCAACACCUUUAUCCCGAACACAGAGUGACAAAAUGAUGUAGAAUAAGAUUGACACAUUGAUUGAUUCAUUUGGUCAUUAUGACACGCCAGGCGAAUGCACACUUAAUUACCUUCGCGGCGUUGAUUGGUUGACGAAGCAGCCAUCAAUCAAACUACGCUAUCUGCAAUUACAUCUUCACCCACCCUGCUGUGUUGAUUAUCCAAUAAAGAGGCAAAAUAUCGACAAAGACGAAUUUUGAUUGGAAGGCGGCAUCGCUCUGUAAUCUCUUGUGUGUAAGUAAGGGGCACAUUGUCUCGUGGCGGUCUUAUCGCCAAGAUGUAUUUAAUAUUUCAAAUGCCCUACCGCACAUUCAAAACGAGUUCAGUUUCCAAGCCGUGCGCAGUGCACUGAAAUGAUUGAUAUACAACGACCGUUUCUACAACCGAAGAUCCAUCACGAAUCAUCGCGAGUGCCACUUCACGAACUUCAAAUGCUGACACAAAGCGUAACGAGUCGGGAAUACGUGCAUGCGUAUGCAUCAUCGUCUAUCUCGGAACCGUCCGUCGCUGAACAGCAGAAGAAAUCCCCUCUGGCUCUACUGGCUGCCACUUGCAGCAGCAUCGGGAAGACGGAGGGAAAGAAGGAGAUACGAGAGCCGGUUAUAACACCGGCCAGACAUUCGCCGAAGAUUCAAAAUAGUUUAAACGAUGUACGAAGCGUAGUUAAACUGGCGUCGGAGGAAAGUAAAUCAUCAUUUAAACCGUACAAGCAGUCAGAGGAAAAGGAACUUAAUCAUUCUUCAGAAAAACCUGGGUUUCGUGCGCCGAGUAAGAACCUUGACAAUCCAUCUUCUCAUAGUAAAAGUCCAGAAUUUCGAAGCAAAGUUUCGCCACAUAUUGGGGCAGGAUUCUCGCCCUUCCAAUAUCCUUACCUAACAGACUCAAGUGCACAUUGUUUUUAUCAGAGCUCGCCUGCAAGUCGUUUAUGUGGUAUGUACUAUGACUUACCAGGACACGGCACUUCUAGCGGACAUCAUUCGACUUGUCUCAAGUCAGACUGUACGGGCAACUGUGCAUCAAUGGUGAUACCCUCCCCUACCUCGCUUACCCCCACAACACCAAGCAUACGACCUAUGUUUCCAACACCUCCUGUCUCCGCUCCGUCCCCAGUCAAAUCCCAUGGUCUUAGCCCGCCAACAGCUAGAUCAAAUCCAUUAUACCCGAAAUGUAACUGUGGCUACUGCAAUCAAGGACAAGAGAGUAGUUUAAAACCAGGGAUUCAACAUUUACCUCACUAUCAUAGAGACUAUCUUGCGAGUGCUUGUCAGGAUCCGUAUUGUACAAACUGUAAAACACCGAAGACAUCUUCAGCAAGCGGUGCUCACGGCUGUGGGCCUCAUUGCUACGGACAUCAUCAUCCCGACUCGUCUAUUCUACCCGGUUCAUUGUCGACGGUUGCUCCGAGCAUGUCACAUCUUUAUCCCUACGCCGGCUUCAUGCUUCGCGCUCAGAACGAUCAAAACGGACCGUUCGUUUGCAACUGGGUUCAGGACUCGAAAAACUGUGGCAAGAACUUUACAACUUCAGAGGAACUCUUACAACAUUUACGAACGCACACAAGCGCUGCAAACGCAUCAGCACCGCUACACACACCGUGUAACAUCCCAGGUUGUCCUUGUGGACUGAAGUCCGCCAUCUCAGGCCCUGCAAGACUACAUUCUACCGCUCGAUAUCAUCCCUACUUCAUGACUGGAUCAUCGCUUCAUACACCGUCAUUUCAUUCAGCAAUAUCACAUUAUUCAAGCCCUCAUGGUAUUCCCUAUCCAUCGUCUCUUAAGCCGUAUUGAUCAGCUCGAUAAAUUUAGACAAUGAACCUCAAAAUAGAUUGAAUUUGCACAUAAAUUAUACGUCUAAAUGUUCUCAUUAAAGAAAAUGGAUUUCAUCUCCUCAAGUGUUGUGAUAUAGUUGUAAUAUAGGGUCACCUCCAGAUAUAUCCUUUCUGAGUGCACAGAAUCUACUUAAUUUUGAACAUUUUCAAAUUUCAAAAGACUUUUCAUAACGUAGAUAGAAUUUUGCAACGAGCUGUCGUUAUGGAUGUGUCUGAGCGACCUAUAGUCUCUCACACAGGAUGUCUUCCUCGUUUACGUUGGGUUUAUUCAAAAUCAAACAGUUCAUCUUACAUAUUAUUUAAAUCUUUUCGAACACAAUUUUAGUAAUUUAUAGUAGAGGUAAAUUUUUAUCAAUUUCUGAACAAAAAAUUAGCUAUAGAACGAGGUUAGGUCUAGGAUUAUCAAUUUACCGACAGUUUAAGAUAAAGUGUAAAUAUUACAAAACUAACAUAGAAGGUGCCGAAACUGGUUCGUUUAUUAAAAUAAAUUGAAAUUUAAAGGUAUUGUGUGUUUUCCUAAAACACUCAUUCAAUUU